AUGACGGAUCUCGGUCUGAUGAGAUACUUCCUUGGUCUGGAAGUCAGACAAGAGAAAUUCGGGAUCUUUGUAUCUCAAGAAGCUUAUGCAAAAGAUAUCCUAAAGAGGUUCAAAAUGAUAGAUUGCAAUCCGGUUUCAACUCCUAUGGAACCCGGCUUAAAAAUUUCGAAGUAUGAUGGAGGAGAAAGAGUUGAUCCGAGUAAUUACCGUAGUCUAGUAGGAUGUUUGAGGUAUUUAAAUUGCACGAGGCCAGACUUGUGUCUAAGUGUUGGGAUUAUAAGCCGGUUCAUGGAAGAUCUGGGCUACACACAUUGGAAGGCAGCGAAGAGGAUAUUGAGAUAUGUUCAAGGAAAAAUCUCGCAAGGACUUCAUUAUUCGAAGUCAGACAAGUACAAGCUGGUGGGAUAUUCAGAUAGCGACUGGUGUGGAGAUGUUGAUGAUAGGAAGAGCACGGCUGGCUAUGUGUUUUUCAUGGGAAACACGACAUUCAUGUGGAUGUCAAAGAAGGAACUCAUUGUAACUUUAUCUACAUGCGAAGCCGAGUACGCUGAUGCAUCCUGGUGCGUUUGUCACGCCAUGUGGCUGAGGAAUCUAUUGAGUAAAUUGGAGUAA